UGAGGGGAAGUUUCCAUGGUGACGGCAAACAAGGCCCAGCUUGGAGGGGCCGCCAGCUGGGCUGCAAUCCCUGCCGCCGCCAUGAUCCCCCCCGCGGACUCUCUGCUCAAGUACGACACCCCGGUGCUGGUGAGCCGGAACACCGAGAAACGGAGCCCCAAGGCUCGGCCACUGAAAGUCAGCCCCCAACAGCCUGGACCCUCGAGUCCAGUCCCACAGCCACCAAAGGCCAAGCUCCCCUCAAGUAUUUGUGUCCCAGAUCCUACGAAGCAGGCAGAAGAAAUCUUGAAUGCCAUCCUACCCCCAAGGGAGUGGGUGGAAGACACUCAGCUAUGGAUCCAGCAGGUGUCCAGUACCCCCAGCACCAGGAUGGACGUGGUGCACCUCCAGGAGCAAUUGGACCUGAAGCUGCAGCAGCGGCAGGCCCGGGAAACAGGCAUCUGCCCUGUGCGCAGGGAGCUCUACUCACAGUGUUUUGAUGAGCUGAUCCGGGAGGUCACCAUCAACUGUGCGGAGAGGGGGCUGUUGCUGCUGCGAGUCCGGGACGAGAUCCGCAUGACUAUCGCUGCCUACCAGACCUUGUACGAGAGCAGUGUGGCGUUUGGCAUGAGGAAGGCACUGCAGGCCGAACAGGGGAAGUCAGACAUGGAGAGGAAAAUUGCAGAACUGGAGAGCGAAAAGAGAGACUUGGAGAGGCAAGUGAACGAGCAGAAGGCAAAAUGUGAGGCCACAGAGAAGCGGGAGAACGAGAGGCGGCAGGUGGAGGAGAAGAAGCACAACGAGGAGAUUCAGUUCCUAAAGCGGACGAAUCAGCAGCUGAAGGCCCAACUGGAAGGCAUUAUUGCACCGAAGAAGUGAUAAUUUCCAUAUGGGUCUCGGCAAACACUACUAUCCGAUCAUAAGCCCUUUGUAAUAAAAAGCUAGUUUCCUGAGUGAGCAAGCCAUAUCCUCCCCUAAUCACCACCUGUGUUUUUCAGAAGUCACGCCAUUGCCCCAGUGUCAUCAAACACUUAAGGUCUGCCAGCCAGGUUCCUGGCUGGGCAGUGGAACGUGGUGUAGCCCUGACAGUCUCAGUAUAUGCCUAUUAGCCAACCUAGGGAUUUGCCAACUCAAACAGUAAGACUGUGGCUUUCUCAUCACCACACCAUCACUUAUGUCUAGCCAAAUGAAGCUGCCUCUCUGCCCCUCAAACUUCUGGUUCACAAUUCAUCUUGUACCUCAAUUUGGGCUUCUCUGGUCUCAGUUCUUCCUUAUUUGAUGGUUUUUCAUCCCUAUUACAAUACAUUUCUAGUUACUCAUUUUGGAA